GGAAGAGAUCAACCACUAAGCAUGCGUUCACGGAUUAAGUACUUGUGUUGAACUGCAGUAAAUGGUUCUCAGUGGCUGCAUAUUGUGGUAUAAUUGCAGGCUGUGUAUGUGAUGAGCAUGUAGCUCUAGAAUUGCGUUAAUAGGCUUAGUUGCGUUCUUGUUUUAUGAGUGUGUUCAUGAUCAUUCAAAGUGUCCCGAUAGUUAGCUAAUGGUUUUUUUGGACAGGGAACUUGAAACAGUAAGGUUAGAUCUUCUGCCCUUACCAAAAUGACAUAAAUGAGGGUUGACUAUGGAAGAAGUAAAGAACUAUUUGAGAGAUUUCCCAAAAGAAGCCCGUGAGCUUUACUUGAACGAGUCAGUGCCAUACCUGGAUGGUCCCCUUAUGCCACUACAGUUCUACCGUGACUGGAUUGGUCCAAAUAAGCCAUGCAUCAUUCGCAAUGCAAUCAAUGAUUGGCCAGCAUUGUCUAAAUGGAACCCCACAUACCUCAGAAAUGUGGUUGGCCAAAAGGUCAUCAGCGUGUCUGUUACCCCAAAUGGCUAUGCAGAUGCUGUAAAUGGAGAUCGAUUUGUGAUGCCUGAAGAGCGUCAGAUGACCUUCUCCUCCCUGCUGGACAUUGUAGAGGGAAGCGUGAAGAAUAGUGGGGUGUUCUAUGUGCAAAAGCAGUGCUCCAAUCUAACUGAGGAACUGCCAGAGCUCACUGGGGAUGUUCAGACUCACAUCUCGUGGAUGAGUGAAGCACUCGGAAGACUGCCUGAUGCUGUCAAUUUCUGGUUAGGAGAGGAAAGAGCAGUUACCUCAAUGCACAAAGAUCACUAUGAAAACCUAUACUGUGUCAUCUCAGGAGAAAAGAAGUUCAUUCUGCUCCCUCCCACUGAUCGACCCUUCAUACCAUGUGAGCUUUACAAACAGGCUACAUACAAACAGAAACAAGAUGGCAGUUUUGAAAUAGUGGAUGAAAAGGAUUCAGAAAAGGUACCCUGGAUCCCCCUGGACCCCCUGGAUCCAGAUCUGAAGCGCUAUCCCUCCUACCAGCUGGCGCAGCCCCUCCACUGCACUGUAAGGGCAGGGGAGAUGCUUUACCUCCCAUCCCUCUGGUUCCACCAUGUCCGGCAGUCUCAUGGAUGUAUAGCAGUAAAUUUCUGGUAUGAUAUGGAUUAUGACAUCAAGUACAACUACUUCCAACUGGUGGAUUCACUUUCUGGAGCUGUGGGUUCAGUAUGAAAACUUGACCACAGACAUAAACCAUCUUCACUGCUCAACAUACAAGCUGUAGUGUUUUUAGUGUCACUGAAAUAUUAACAGUGAUGCACUGUAUGCAGGAAAAGACUAAUUGGGUUUCCUCAUCUCCUCUUGGGAAUAUUUCCAAAUCCCCCUUAUUGUCCCAAUACCAAACAUUUCUUAAAGAUGUCAUUCAAUGGGAACAGGCUGAAGGAUCCCAGCUGUGACACUCGUACGUGAUCAGGACAUGAUGAUCAAAGUUUCUUUAUUCAAGAUUUGUUCUGACUGCCUUAAUGAUUAAAUGGCACAUAUUUUGAACUUGUUAUAAAUUAAACUAUGUUCAAACUAGUUCUCAUAAUACUGUAAAAGACAAGGUGUAGGUAUAUUACAGAAGACUAAUGCUAAAUCAGAGUAACAUUUAAAGCUCUCUCGAACAUUUGAUGUGACAUGCCUUCACUUCUUAGUACUUCCGACCUCUCUCUUCUGACUGUUGAUCUCAUACACCUUUAUCAGUGAGCCUGUGAUGUGUGUGAUGGAUCUUUCCAUCCACAGAUGAUUUCUCUGAUCAGAAACUCUUAUCACUCAAACAUUUAUUAAAGCUCAAAAUUAGAAGGUGUACUCACGGAAAGGAAAUAAAUGACUUCUGGAUAUUAUGAGUGUCCUCAAUAAAUACUGAUUUGCUGCUUAAUAAAUACAAAUUUAUUCA